CGAUCCAUAUUGAGGGAUGAACUCAUAUACCAAUCAUUCGGAAAUAGUUCAUCAGGAGGAACGAGGGCUGAGUUAAAACACAAUCAACUUAGCCACAAACACACUUUAGACCACCACUCCGCAAGCCUAUAUCGGAGUAUCACUUUAAAUAAGUGAACAGUGGUCAUAUCAGUCGGUGACGUAAUGUUUGCUUGGUACGCGAGAAAUAGAUCGCCAUUCGGUCACCCGAGGCACAAUUCAAAUUUGCCAUAGAACAAAACGCUGUCAAGCCAAAUACAUCGUCUGGCAACUAUGACUGAUCGAAGGAUCAUUUUUGCAACAUGUGAUGGAGAUAUAUUUUACGGAUCGUUAGUAUAGCACAUUCAUCAUUUCGUUAGCUUGGAAUAGCUGUGGAUGACUAAACCAGCAAGGUUUGAACUCGUUGUACCGCCAGCAGCCGGGAGCGUCGUGUAUAAAAUCUAAAUUUCGCCGGGUCCAUAUUCUCAGUACAUCCAAGUGAUUUGUUGCUGAUUGACGUCUUUUUUCUCUACCGGGUAAAUAAAACGAUUAUUCAUCAAACGUAUAGUGUAUAACGUUUGAACACACAAAAAAAUGUUCAAUUUGUCCCCUUUGAUGAUUUGGUCACCUCCAAGUGAACCCGAUCCGGCAGAAGAUGUGGAAGAAGCUCUCGCGGUAGAUUUUGUGGACCCAUGCAUCGAAAGGAACGGAGAAUCGCAUCAUACCGGCAAGUUUGAGCUUAUGAAUCGUCGUAUAAUCGAUGGCAGCCAAUCAGUGUUAGUGGUUAGACGCGGUCAACCGUUUGAAUUGAAGGUGCACUGUAAGAGACCACUCGACGAAGAACGUGAUGUGAUCUCGUUGAUGCUGGCUGUUCAACCUAUGCAAGGGGAAAGGGUUAGCCAUGGUCAUGGAACUGUGAUUUAUUUGCCACUGUUGAAAGCCGAAGAAGACGCGAACGAGGAUGAAUUUGGAUGGAAGGCUGUUUUGACCAAAGUGGUAGACAAUGUGUUAACCCUGAACAUCACAACGUCAGUUCAUGCUUCUAUUUCCCGCUGGGAGAUCUCAAUCGAUACUAAGCUGGUUGGAAAUGACCAGAGCAUGAAGUUCAUUUCGCCAAUUCCGUUCUACCUUUUGUUCAAUCCUUGGUGCGAAAAAGAUCCUGUUUUUUUGGAUGAUGAACAACUUCGCGAAGAAUACGUUCUCAGUGAUACAACGCUAGUAUGGCGUGGCUGCGAUCGUAGUUUUCAUCCAACAAUUUGGAAGUUGGGCCAGUACGAACGAGACAUUCUGGACUGUGGACUACUGCUGCUAUCCAGCGUGGGACGAGUGAGUGCUACCUAUCGUGGGAACCCGGUUCGGGUUGCGCGAGCUCUAUCAGCGGCCAUCAACAGCAAUGAUGAUAAUGGAGCAUUGGUUGGGUAUUGGGGAACGGAUUUUUCAGACGGAACCGCCCCGACAGCAUGGGUUGGAUCGGUGGAUAUUCUUCAACAGUACUAUCGCACAAGAAGAUCCGUCAGAUAUGGUCAGUGUUGGGUGUUUUCCGGAGUGUUGGCCACGGUUGCUCGAGCAUUUGGAAUCCCUUGUCGUGUGGUUUCGAACUUCAACUCGGCUCACGAUUCCGAAGCCUCGUUGACGAUUGAUUACUACUUUGGAGAGAACGAUAACCAUUUGAGAGAGUUCAGCUCAGAUUCCACGUGGAACUUUCAUGUGUGGAAUGAGUUGUGGAUGCGAAGGGCAGACCUGGGGGCGUCAGCCGAAGAAUUGUACGAUGGUUGGCAAGCGGUCGAUGCAACACCACAGGAACUUUCGGAUGGAAUGUACAAAUUGGGACCGGCUCCAGUGAAGGCGGUGAAACGUGGAGAGAUCAAUGUGUUGUAUGAUUGUGAUUUCGUGUUUGCCGAAGUCAACGCCGAUGAAAUUUAUUGGCGCUAUCGAGGGUCAGGCCGGGCCCUGAAACUUAUUCGGAAGGAUCCUUUAAGAAUUGGUAAAUUUAUCAGCACGAAAGCUGUCGGUGCAUGGGAGCGAGAGGAUAUAACUGAAUCGUACAAAUUUGGUGAGAGGUCUUGUGACGAACGGAUAACGAUGAUGAAGGCCCUGAAACAAACCAACAAUCCGUUUGCAAGACUUUACGCUAACGACGAAUUUCACGAUGUUGAUUUCGAGGUUGAAAUUAGAAACGAUGUAAAAAUUGGAGAACCUUUUACGAUCUUAUUGAAAAUGAACAAUCAUUCCGAUGAAAACACGCAUCCCAUUGAGGGAAUCGUUCACGUGGACACUAUCCUAUAUACCGGAAAAUUUAGAAAACCUCUGAAAGCAAUGCCGUUCAACACUGUCCUCGAUCCAAACUCAUCCGGCGUUCAAGAAUUGCACGUAGAGUUUGAUGAGUACUUCAGCAACGUUCUCGAUCAAGCAUACUUCAAGAUCAUUUGCUCGGCCAGCGUGGAGGGAACCAAUUACGAGUACUUCGCCCAGGAAGACUAUCGGUUGAGGAAGCCCGACAUCAAAAUUGCCCUGGACAAUGAGCCAAUUUGCAAAAGACCACUUUAUGUGACAGCCACCCUCAGUAAUCCUAUGCCCAUUCCACUGACGAACGGGGUGUUCAGAUUCGAGUGUUCGGGUGCCUGGCAGCCGAUAGAGGUUCCCUGUAGCUACAUAGAAGCGAAUGGCGCAACCGAUGUUCGCUUCCGAAUCAUGUUGUAUUUUGAAGGAAAUGCUCAGAUAGCAGCCAAAUUCAACGCUGCCGAACUAAAUGACGUAGACGGGUUUCUAGCGUUCGAAGUGAGUAAGAAUGACGAGAACAGUUUGGGUGGUUCCCUGAAGGAUAUGCUGGUGUUCGCGUAAUUUUCUUCCAACUAUAACUUUCUUAAUGACUCAAUAAACGGAUCAGUAUGA